CCGGGUCCCCCCGGCUGCCUGGGCUGGAGGCGCCCGCAGCCCCGGCCCCCCCGACCCCCCCGGAUCGCCCGGGUCCCCCCGGCUCGUCCCGGCCCCCCCAGCCCGGGGGGCGGGCCCUGCGCACCCAAAGAUGGCGGGCGCGGCGCGGGGCCCGGGCGGGCUGUGCCUCCCGCUGCUGCUGCUGCUGGGCCGGGCGGCGGGCGGGCUGCUGUACCCCCGGGACACCCCUUCCCGGGAGCGGAAGGAGCUCGGCGGCCUCUGGAGCUUUCGCGCAGACUUCUCGCCGGGCAGGGACGCCGGCUUCGUGCAGCGCUGGUACCGGCAGCCGCUCCGGCAGACCGGCCCUGUGAUUGACAUGCCAGUGCCUGCCAGCUUCAACGACGUCACUCAGGACCCCAGCUUGGAGAACUACAUCGGCUGGGUGUGGUAUGAGAAGGAGGUGCUGCUGCCCCCCCGCUGGCUCCAGGGUGACCCCCCCACCAGGGUGCUGCUCCGUUUCGGCAGUGCCCAUUACUACGCCAUGGUGUGGGUCAAUGGAGUGCCAGUGGUGGAGCACGAAGGGGGUCACCUCCCUUUUGAAGCAGAUAUAAGCAGCAUUGUCCAGGCCAGCCCGGGGGUCCCUUGCCGCAUCACUGUCGCGCUCAACAACACCCUGACACCCCACACGCUGCCUCCGGGGUCCAUUCAGUACAUGAGUGACAAAACAAGGUAUCCCAAGAACUAUUUUGUACAGAACAUCAGGUUUGAUUUCUUUAAUUAUGCUGGAAUCCAUCGCCCGGUUGUGCUUUACACCACUCCUUCUGUCUACAUAGAUGAUAUUACUGUGACAACCACUUCAUCAGAGAGCCUUGCAAUGGUGCAGUAUCAGGUGGUGGUCGUGGGCAGCACCCUCUAUUCCUUGUCCCUCAGUUUACGUGACCAAGAAGGGAAAGUGGUUGCUACAGGUGAUGGGCCAGCUGGAGAGCUAAAAGUCCUGAACCCAAAUCUUUGGUGGCCUUACCUGAUGCACGAGAACCCUGGGUACCGCUACUCCUUGGAGGUGCAAAUGAAGGCACAGGUGGACGGAGCGUUGCUGGAGGACGUGUACACGCUCCCGGUCGGCAUCCGCACGGUGCACGUCACCAGCACGCAGUUCCUCAUCAACGGCAGGCCCUUCUACUUCCACGGCGUCAACAAGCACGAAGACGCGGACAUCCGUGGCAAAGGCUUUGACUGGCCCCUGGUCAUGAAGGACUUCAACCUGCUGCGCUGGCUGGGGGCAAACUCCUUCCGUACCAGCCACUACCCCUACGCCGAGGAGAUCAUGGACCUGUGCGAUGCCUACGGCAUCGUGGUGAUCGACGAGUGCCCGGGAGUGGGGAUUAAAAUGCCUGAGAGCUUCGGGAACAAGUCCUUGCAGCAUCACCUGGUUGUGAUGGAGGAGCUGAUCCGCAGGGAUAAGAACAGGCCGUCAGUGGUGAUGUGGUCGGUAGCCAACGAGCCGGCAUCAGAGCUGCCUCCAGCUGCCUCCUACUUUAAGACAGUGAUAGCUCACACUAAAGCUCUUGAUCCCUCCAGACCCGUCACCUUUGUGACAGAUGCUAAUUACGCUCUUGAUCGUGGUGCUCCUUAUGUGGAUGUGAUCUGUGUGAACAGCUACUUCUCCUGGUAUCAUGACCCAGGCCACCUGGAAGUUAUCCCACUACAACUCACAACACAGUUUGAGAACUGGUAUAAAACCUACCAAAAACCCAUCAUCCAGAGUGAAUAUGGAGCAGACUCAGUUCCUGGACUUCACAGUGAUCCCCCCCUGAUGUUCAGCGAGGAGUACCAGAAGGCCAUGCUACAGGAGUACCACUCUGUUUUUGACAAAAAGAGGAAAGAGUACGUGAUUGGGGAGCUCAUAUGGAAUUUUGCUGAUUUCAUGACUAACCAAGGGACCACACGUGUUUUGGGGAACAAGAAGGGAAUAUUUACCCGCCAACGACAGCCCAAGUCAGCUGCCUUUGUUCUUAGAGAAAGAUACUGGAAAAUUGCAAAUGAAUCAAGCUGUCUUCCUCCUAUAAUAAAAUCACAUCAUCUCUUUCUAAAAUGAAAUCAAAAGGUAUAAUGCCUGGGUAUUAUGCUGAACUCUUUCAAUAAAUUUGUUUAAAUAAUA